AUGGGUGUUGCUGGUCUGUGGGAUAUUCUCCGUCCGGCGGGAGACACGCGUUCUCUUACCCAUCUAGCUGUCGUCGACGGCUUCGAGGCCAACCCAGACGGAGUGCGCGGUUUCCGUGUCGGCAUUGACGCAAGCAUCUGGUUCUAUCAUGCAGCGCAUGGCGGGCGGGCAGGGGAGAACCCCGAACUUCGAACACUGUUCUUCAGAUGCACCAGGCUCAUGAGUGCCCCAUUUCUACCGCUCUUUGUAUUCGACGGACCAAAGAGGCCCGAAACCAAGCGCGGCAACAGGAUCAGUGGGAAAAACCAUUGGAUGAUACAAGGCAUGCAAGAGAUCAUCAACGCAUUUGGUUUUGAGUGGUGCAUGGCACCUGGAGAAGCGGAGGCAGAGCUCGCUUAUUUGAAUCACAUCGGUGUCAUUGACGCUGUGUACACCGACGAUGUGGAUGCAUUCCUUUUUGGAGCGAAGAUGAUUGUCCGGAAUGCGGGCGUCGAAGACGGCAAUCACGUUGCGACGUACACCUCGCACGCAAUACUUACGCACCCCUCAAUUGAGCUCACACAUGGCGGACUAAUCCUCAUGGGCAUCCUCUGUGGGGGCGACUACCAUCCCGCCGGUCUCAUCGGGUGUGGUUCCACGAUUGCGCACGGGCUCGCACGUUGCGGUUUCGGCGAUAGCCUUUACAACGCAGCGCGCACACUACCGCGCUCGGAGCUCCGUGCCUUCCUACGCGUAUGGGUCGAGGAAGUGCGCAUUGAGCUCCACACAAAUGCGCGUGGAAUCCUCAGCAAGAAGUACACUGCGCUGGCGAAGAAGAUCCCUGAGGACUUUCCCGACAUCGAUGUCCUAUUAUCGUACACAAACCCUGUCACGUCCGAGUCGGAGGCAGCUUCCAAAGGCCGCGUGCCGAAGAUCACGAUGCUUGACUGGGAGAAAGAGCCUGACCUAGGAAAGAUUGCUGGCUUGUGCGAAAUGUACUUCGAAUGGGGCGUCAAGGAGACCAUCAUGAAGCGUUUUCGCACAAUCCUUUGGCCUGCUGUAGUGCUGCGGAUACUCAGACGCGUCGCGUUGUCGGAGGACAUGCGCACUAUGUCUCAGGCAGCCCGCUCAGUGUUGCUCCAUCCUGCCACCCCUACGAGGAAAGACAAGAAUAGGGAGCGCCAUGUGCCUGGGACGCCGUCGUCGAUUAUCACGAAGCAUUUCUCCUCGCUCCACCUGAGCUCGCCUAAACGCGCCGGACGUACCGACUGCGACACCGAGGAUGAAGGCGACGAAGACAAGCUCAUCGUCAAGAUCCACUCGUCUCGGCAACAUACAUCCACAGAUAAUGUUCUCGAGUAUCGUAUCGAGGUUGCCCCUGUACAUCUCGUUCGACUAUCUGAAUCCGGGCUGAGGGGUCUCCGUACUGCAUUGGCAACGGGGUUGGACAGCGGCUCAAACGUGCUAGAAGGAGACGAAUCGGACGGCGUUGUUCAAGGAAAGAAGCGUUUACCGAAACCGCCACCCAAUCCUAAGGAUCACCUCAGGAUCUGGAUGCCCGCGUGCAUGAUACGCAUCGCGCGGCCGGACCUUGUGGAGGGAUUCGAAAGAAUCCAGGAGAUGCGUACGACCGAAAAGGUGGCAGUGAACGCUCGUAGCACCGCACGUGGUUCCAAGGUCAAACGGAGCAACGCCUUCGGUCAAAGGCAAAGGCAGGGAAGGAUGUCGCGGUGUUAG